AUGCCACCACCAUCUCACCUAUCUCUCUCCCUCCCUGCCCUUCUUGUCUUCGCCGCCCGAGUAUCUUCGAAGAACAUCUGGCACGUCAGCAUCUACAACGGGCCUGCGAAAGCGCCUGGGAAAGGUGCACCAAUUCAAGCGUCAGCUUUGCGGGACAAGUCCUACCUUCCAGCACAGAUUGCCUCCAUAGUUGCCGCCUACGUUUUCUCCGUCGUUGUUAUUGGAAGUGCUCUUCUCCUUGUCGGCCGACGUCUUCGACGAGCAGCCCAAACUUCACCCACGACACUAUCGAUGGAGAUGGUAAAACCAGUCAAAACAGACGUCCCAAGGGUCUUCGAUCCAUCACCAGCUUCCAAAGGCGCGAGUCCAAACAGCGCCGUUGAUAUGCGGAACAAUUGGCCGAGUCCUAUCAAGGAAUUUCGAGGCAGCGUUAAUUGGGGCUCGUUGAAGAAGGAGCAUAAAAGGCGACCAUCGGAGUCUCAAGCCAGCGUGGUCACUUUCGAUGAAAGUGUCAUUGAGGACGACAGGGCCCGAAAUGAGCGCGAGAUGGACCGCUUGUACGCUGCUGUAGCGGCAGAAGAUGAAAAACGCUCGACAUCGAAGAUAGACUUAGCCGGCCAUCAGCAGUCUCAGCAUCCUCCAGAGCUGCAGCAUCUUCGCAACGAGCCCCAAAGCAUUGGGCCUCCCCCGAGGCGUCAGAGGGCUGCCCAUCUCCCCCCAAUGGGUUCGCCUGGCCUCGCGCCUGACUAUGACGAUGGCUAUGGCGAGAAGGAGCCCCUAAGUCCACGAUUCUAUCCUGACCCAGGUCCCCCACCACCAACGCCGGACGAACACAAAGCGGGAAGGCAGAGACCAGAGAAUAUCGAUGUCGGAAGGUUUAGUCCGAGGGAUUCAAGAUUCCCCAUGACAUCUCUGCGAAAGGGCGGCUCCGUACCCCAGUCGCCGACAGUACCCACAAUACGAGAGGUGGAGAGCCAACCACAGCUUUUAACUGUGAACACCAACCGCUCAAUGUCCUCAAACGCCUCAAGAGUAAAACCGGCACCCUUACCGCUCCGGACAAUCACCGCGGGUAGUACAAGCAAUCAAUAUCUGCCUCUCCGAGGAACCCAUCCUACCAACUACAAUGCCGACCUACCCCAACCUUCUCCUGCAAUUAAAGCUACAGUCAUUGAGCGAAAAGCCCCUGUGCCAAGAUUGCGAACGCCGGGUACUGGAGUGCCCAUGACACCAUAUAGUCCAUACAUGCCGAACACCCCUCUGACGCCCAUGACACCAAGUCGCUUGGUCUCUAGGGAAGAAAGGAGGAGGAAGAUGAAAGAGGAUGGGCGUCGUGUGCCGACUAUUGAGGAUGCUGUAGAGGAGGACGCAGACGAGUGGGGAGCGAUUCAUUGA